CGUCGUCAUCUUGGAAAGAAACAAAGAAACAGUUCAAAACCACUUCAACAGAUGUCCUCACAAUGCUGAUUAAAUUAUGAGGUAGUCACAGAAUAUCAUCCACAAUGGCAGCUGCAAGCAGUGGGCAGCCAUUUGAAUUUGAUAUACGUCUUGAUCCUCUUCUUGUACAUGAAAAUGGUGAAGACGAUGAGGAGAUAGAAGACCACAGGACCGUGUAUCAAUGCUUACAAAAAAAACACUUACUGACCAAAUGCUUUCAAAGAUAUGGAAAUGUCAGAGUGGUCAAAAUAUCUGAAGAACUUAGAAUAACUUUGUCUGUAUCCUCUUUGGAAGAAUUUGAAGAAAUAAAGAAAGUUGUUGACAAGGGAGAGCUGACUAAAUCAAUUACAGACUUUGCUGUCAGUUUAGGAUUGGAAGUGGAACUUGGUGUAUUUCCUCAUAGGGGUCAAAGUUCCCCUGUCAAACUGGAUGUGGAUCUGUUUGAUGAAAAAAGGACUAUCAAGAAGGCUAAAAGUCAUUUUAAAAAUUCACCCAAACCCGAAAAAAAGGUGUCCACAGAAUUAUCAAGACCAGAAGAGAUGACGAAGACAACAAAAUCCCAAGAUACAUCUUCAGUAUCGGUUCAAAUCAUCUUUGAUAUUCCAUUUGAGCAUAAGACAGUUUAUGCUGUGUUUGUGGAAUAUACCUUUGACAAACAACGUUAUAGGUGGGCAAAUUUACUUCACAUUGGAGACUAUCUUUGGAUGAGCUCAGCCAUAUCUGUUCCUGCUGAUGUUAGUCAGCUGUUGUACCGAUGUCGAAUAAAAAAAUAUAUAUGGACACCUGCAAUUUAUUAUUUCACUUACAUAGUGGAGAAUAAAUCAUAUAGGAAGGCUAACAAGAUAACAUCCAUCAUUCGUGAUGUUUUUGAUACAAGUACUAAAGGUAUUGAGAUUGGAUUUGCACAUCAUGUUCAGCAUCUACUUAGAAUUGUUGAUUCAUCCAGCUUAAAGGACAUAAUCAUGCAGACUGAUGAUCUUCAUUCACUUGCACAAAGCUACAUCAGUUCCAGCUCGCACCCUAACAGUCUGAAUACUAAGAAAGUACUGAAAAUCCUGGAAGUAUAUAUGAGAAAUGUGAAAUGUGAGAUGUGGGAAGUGUUCCUUUUGUUUGGCUAUGUUUGCUCUUUACUGGUCAGUAGUGACACCCUGCAUACAACAACAUGUGAAAAACUUCAAACUAUUUCCAGAACAACAUCUUUAGCAAUUCUGGAAAGUUUUAACAAUGUGAAAUGCAGUGAUCUUCCAUCUGGAUCAAUGAAAAUAUUGGAAAAAAUUGUAAAUGAACUUUGUUUUAUUGUGUUUCCAGAAAAAUCUAGUCACAUUGUGAACAUGCUAAAAUAUUGUUAUCCUGCAUUUGGAUCUAUUUUCAUGAUGACAUGUUUUGGUUAUGCAGGCAACUUGCCUAUUUCUUGUGAUUUAUUAACGUGUGAACAUAUUUGUGAAAAGAUCCUCAAACAAAAAGAAUUUGGAGAUGCUGGUGCUGCAGAUCUGUUUCUGAAAUUUCUGAGACAUUCUCCAAUAGAUUGCUCCAUGGAAUUAUUAUAUAAACUGAAUGAAUCAAAUUCUUUACCUCGGAGUGAACUGUUGAAUGCAUUUCAUUCAGUUUUGGUCGAUUGUAAGAAGUCUUCCAGGCAAAGACGUUUUGAAGCAUUGCAUAAACGUGUGGAGUGUUUAGCUUCAAAACCUAAAGUCAUAUUGGAAAUGUCCCAAGUUCUUGAACAGACUGUUACAGAUAUAAUAGGAGUGUUAAAUAAAUCCGACUCUGCUGACAUUGAUACUCUGAUAAAAAUAAUAGAGUCUCCUGUUCUUUUCAAGUUACCAGCGUCUUAUGAUAAUCUGUAUAUGAUGAUUGCUGCUUCAGAAAAUGCAUCUAUACAUAGACUGUUUCUGAAGACACUUGAAAAGAAAAACACUACUGAUAUGUCUGAGGAAAUGAUCUCCAAGUUGGUGAUGAAAUGGUUUGAGACAGCGAUCAAGAAACACUGCUGUGAAAAACAACACAAAAACAAAUUUGAUGAUUUGCCAUUUGUUUAUAAACAUCUUGAUCUCUUGCUGAAAACACCAUAUGUCUUGAAGAAAGAAAACCUGGCAUCUGCUUUGAAAAAAGAAACAUUCAGUUUUUUGUGUUCCAUACCAGUAAAAGAACUAAUAGAAGUCAUUUGUACAAAAAGAUAUACUCAGUUUGAGUUGCCAGAUGUCUUCAGUGAACAUCUCAUGAGGUUGUGUAGUGAAUCUGGUGAAAAGGAAAAUAUUCUCACUGCUAUUGGAACAUCUUCAAUUGGUGAUGCAUUUGAUGCUGCAACAUGGUCAUUCACACAGUUGUUGAUGGUGGCUAUGGAUUUAUCUGGAUUAUCUGAAGCAGAAACAGAAGUGGAUAAAUUGAGGUUGAUGCUGAAAAACGGACUGUUCUGGGUGAAACUUAUGAAUGUACAAGGUGUUUUGAGUAAAGAGGUGAAAAACAGAGAGGUUUUUGUUGAAGCACACAAUCUACUCGAAUCAUUUACAAGAGAUCUUGUGAACAAGGCUGUAGAACAUCCACCAGAUGAUCUGAAAUCUGUUUGCCCAGAAGAACCCUCGUCUAAAUUGUUUGGUGAAGAUAGUGAUCCUGAAGAUAAUUAUGAUCAUCGACAUGACCAUUUCCCCACUUCCAUUUUAUCUGUGCUAAAAGUUUUGAAUUCUGAGGGCAUAGAUAAAUAUGAAGCUGCAUGGAGGCCGCUUUUUUCAGGAGAUGAUUGUAAUAUUUCUGAAGUAAAAAAGAUUCUUGACAUUCCUAGUCUUGAAACAGAAAUAAAAUGUGCAGAACAAAUAUUGAAGAAAAAAUUACCAACUUGGCUUAGAGAUGCCAUGAAAAUGUACACAGAGUAUGGUAUCUAUGAAGAAAAAGUACUGAUUGUUGAAAAAAUCUUGAGUAUUUUAAAUACCAAUGAAAACGUAGACAUAAACUUUUGUAGGGCAGUGGAAUCUUUCUAUGCACUGAAAAAAAGUACGUCACAUGCGAUAACAUUGAAGCAACUUUCAGAAACCAAAGAGCAGCUUUCAUAUAUUCAUAAGAUUAUUGUUGGUGACUUUUUUGAUGUUUUGAAAGAACUGAGUAAAGCAUCUUCAUUGGUUGAGUUUCUUCGUGAAACUGUUGAAGAAGACUUACGCCAACUCAUUGAUUCAGUAGAAGAGCAUUCAGAACAGUUCAUACAAGAAUCUACCAUUUCUGCUCUCAUAGAUGUCAGGAGAUUUGUGAGCCCAAUUUUAAAGCUAACAAAUAACAGUCGGGUAGAGACCAUCCUCAAAACAUUGGAAAAAUCUGCAAAUGUAAAUCAAAUCAAAAGUUUGGCAUUGAAAAUUAAUGAAUGCAAUGCAAAUAUUCACAAUCUCAGAUCACUUUACAAGUAUUGUUCUAAUAAAGUACAAAAACAAGGUAUUAAAACGAUUGGGUCAAAAACUGAACUGGAAGACAUGAGAAGUCGUGCCCUGCUACUUGUAAAUACAGAAACAAAAAGACCGGAAAACGGUAAAGAAAAAGCACAAUUACAAGAAGAUUUAAAUCUGUUUAUUGAUGCUUUGGACAAUGUCAUGUGUAUUGCUGACUGGUUUGAGAAACUUGCUAAGUGUGGUCAUCCUGAUUAUGUUUCAAGAAUACACAAAGCAACUUAUAGCAGAAGUGAUUUAAAGGCUGAAAUAGAACAUCUUGAACAAAUCUUUGAAGAAUGGACAAUGAUUUUGGAUGAAAAUCGUAAAAAAUAUUACUGGUUAAAUUGCUUUUAUCCAGAACAGUUGUUCAAAAUAAAAAACUGCUUGAAAGAUGGAUCAUAUUCUGAAGAAGUUGCUACACUUUUUGAAUAUGGAGGCUGUGGUACAGGAUGUCUUGAUAAAGUUAGAACUAGUUUUGAAACCAUAGCAGAGAGGCAAGAUGAUUUAAGUAACUCAUUACAUUUGGUUGGACAAACACUUGAAGUUGCAUUGAAAGAUGUUCAGUUUAAGCCCAAAUGUUUUAAAAUAGACAGUGGGGAGACAAUGGAAUGUCAGUGGAACAUUUCAGAUGUUGUGCAGAAAGGUCAGCUGUUUGUUGCUGCUUUAGAAGAAAACAGCAAACAAGUUAUUCCAACUGUUUUAGCAAUUUAUAGGAAUACAACUGGAUUUCUUCCAAUGCCUCACCAAAUUUUGUUUUGCCACAAUGACACAAAGUGGGAACAUCUUCAUCUUCUUUUGCAAAGAUGUCUUCUUUCUCAGGAACCAAUGUUAAAGAAGCAACUGUUUUGUAUUGUUGGAGUUGAAAAACUAAUAAAUGAAGUGCAGUUCAAACUUGUGGAUGAAUUGAAGAAGAUGUUGCACACAAAUAGAGCAUAUUUAGCAAUUACUUGUGAAGGGAGUACACAUCACCCAUUUCUUGAUCACUUUGAUUCAUAUGUACAUCAUGUUCAGCCAAUGACACCAAGUGCCAUUGAGUUAUGUUUCAGACAACUGUGGCCUAACAUAGUUACUAUUACUUCAGAGCUUCCAGGUCAAGGGAAGACUGAACUAAUUCAUGACAUGGCAGAUGAUCUGGAUAUGGGGGUAUGUUCGUUUCACAUCAGUGGAGACAUUGAUAUAAAAGAACUGAUUGUUAGAAUGUCGAAGUUAAAGCUGAUGCCGCAUGAUGUUCUCCAUAUUGAUAUUGGAAUGGUUUCAAAACCCAGUGAUUUGGAUUUUCUGCUAUUUCAGUUGAUCAUUCUGGGAUUUCUUGUUGAUGGAUCUUCACUCUAUAAGUUACCAACACAGCACAUCAGCAUUGAAAUAGCCAAUUCAAUUAACAAUGUCCUCCGAAAUUCAUUGCAAACCACUAUGUUCUUCUGUCGCAAACAACUGAAGUGGGAAAAUUUUAAAAAAUUUAAGAUUAGAAAGGAAAUUUGUAGUUCUGUUCAAGUUGUGUGUUGUUACUUAAAUAAAAGAGAACAGGGAAUGUUGGAUAAGGAUGAUUUGUACUUCAGUGGAAAAAAUACUGCAAAAUGUUUAUCAACUCACAAAUGUCAGUAUUUGUUGCAAAAGCAUUUCUCUUCAAAUAAUGACUUGUCAUUCUCCAUUGUGAAUAUUUUUCUCAGUGUUUUAGCUGAUCAGUUAAAGAAGAUGUCUUGCAGUUUAUUUUUUAGAUCAUCAAAUCUUCUUGCAAUGCUUGGUAAUGAAGAGAUAAACAGUGUGAAAUCAUCAUUGAUGCGUGGACUACUUGAAUUCUCUGGAGAGUUUUCUAUGCGAUCACUUGAAACUUGUAGAUCAGACCAAGUUGCAAAUGUCUCACAAAUGAAUUCUGUAUCCAAUGAAUCAUUUAGCACUUGCACAUCGGCAAACUCUAUGAUAAAAAGAGUUGAAAGUAUGAUCCAGUGGGCAGAAAGUAAUCACCUGAUUGUUGCGUUUCAUAACUCAGACAUCCAGACACUCUCUGCUCUCUACAGAGACAAAGAGCUUGUGCCAAAACACAUAAAAUAUCUAUUUGAAAGACAAGUGGGGAAGCAGUUGCCUGAUUUCUCCUCUCUGGAUCAGAAACAGCUGCAGGAAAUUCUUAAAAGAGUUGCUCGAUCUAAACCAGGAGAACUGCCACAAGAAACAGUUGACAAGCUUGGUCAUGAUUAUGCUCUCACACCUGACAAUCUAUUGAAAAUGAUUCUCAUUAUAAUCAGAAUAAAGGCACAUGUUCCUGUGAUUAUCAUGGGAGAAACUGGGUGUGGAAAAACUAGCUUGAUUCGCUAUCUUGCUAUGAUAUGUGAUGUUGAUCUCCAAGUACAAAACAUACAUGCAGGCACUGAUGAGUCCACCAUCAUCACAAGUGUUAUGGAUGCCAAUGCUAAAGCUAGAUCAAAUCUAGAAGAACCAGUGUGGAUGUUUCUUGAUGAAAUAAACACUUGUAAUCACCUUGGAUUGAUCAAUAAUAUAAUUUGUCAUCAUAGAUGUCAAGAAGUGUUUCUGGCACCAAAUCUUGUUUUGAUGGCUGCCUGCAAUCCAUAUAAACUGCGAAAUGAAGAUUCCAUUUUAACAGCUGGUUUAACAAUGAAAGUCAAGACUGAUGAACAGUCAAAGCUUGUUUACAGAGUUAAUCCACUACCAGAAACGAUGGUUGAUUUUGUUUGGGACUAUGGAAACUUAACUUGUGAAGAUGAAAAGGAAUAUAUCCAGAGAAUGGUUGGAGAUAUUGUGACAGAUUACUUUGUUAGACUGUUGGUGGAGUUGCUUGUCAUGUCACAGAAUUUCAUUAAAGAAAGAUUACAAAAUGAAUCAUCUGUCAGUCUCCGUGAUGUUAGUCGAUGUAAGAGACUGAUUUGUUGGUUCAAAGGUACAUUGAAAAAGAAAUAUCCUGAACUGAGAAAAAGGAAAUGUGAAAUAAACUCUAUAAUUUUGGCUCUGGCACACUCUUAUCACUCACGUCUAGUUAAGACAGAUGAGAGACUUCAGUACAGGGAAGAAAUGUUAGAACUGUUUAUGGAACAUGAUGUUAAUGAACUGACUUCAGCAGAUGAUAUUCUGGAUAUUAUUGAUAAUGAGCAAAAUGAUAUUUUGCGUAGAAUGUGUCUACCACAAGGAAUAGCAAGAAACACAGCUUUACAAGAGAAUGUUUUUGUCAUCAUGGUGUGUAUUCUGAACCACAUUCCAAUAUUUGUUGUUGGCAAGCCUGGCUGCAGCAAGUCAUUAUCACUGCAGUUGAUUAGGAGUAAUCUCCGAGGAAAAGAUUCAGAGGAUGAAUAUUUCCAGUCACUUCCUCAGCUGUAUUUUGUUUCAUAUCAAGGAUCAGAAUCUUCAACAUCUGAUGGGAUUAUUAAGGUCUUUGAUAAAGCAAAACGAUAUCGAGAGCAUAACCAAGAAAGUGAUGUUCUGCCAGUGGUCAUUCUCGAUGAAAUAGGUCUUGCAGAGGUUUCAAGAUUUAACCCACUCAAAGUUCUGCACAGUUUGCUCGAGCCUGGCGAUAGUGAAGUACCUGAUGUUGCUGUAGUAGGUAUUUCUAACUGGGCCCUGGAUGCAGCCAAAAUGAACCGAGCCAUUCACCUUUCUAGACCAGAUAUGGAUGCAGAAGAGCUCUACAGGACUGGAAAAUCUAUCAGUGAAGGAUCCAAAAAUGAUGAUAAUCUCUCUAGUGUAGACCUUGUUCUUUUAAAAGCCAUUGCAUAUGCAUAUCAAUCUUACAUAGAAAAACAGAGGUUUCCAAACUUCCAUGGACUGCGUGAUUAUUACUCUUUGGUUAAAUAUGUGUCCAGUGAAUUCAGCAAACUUAAAUCAAAUGAGAAGAAUCCAAUCCAUGAAGGUAAUAUUGUGUUAAGAGGUCUAAUGCGCAACUUUGGAGGUCUUCCUUCAGAAGUCAGCUCAGUGGUGGAAGUUUAUAAGGAAGAAUUAGGAAAGAAGGAUAUUGAUAUUGUUUCAUUGAUAAAGGAAAAUAUCAAUGACUCUGGAGCCAGGCAUCUCUUGCUUUCUACUUUUGGUGACUCCGCACUGAGCAUCAUUGAAAACGUGCUACAGGACAUGGACAGAGAGUAUGAAUUGAUCAUGGGCAGCCAGUUUGAGGAAGAUUUAACAGAUGACUACAACUACAGGAUUCUCAGCAGAAUAAUCCUCUGUAUGGAACAAGGCAUUGUUCUGAUCUUGAAAGAUCUUGACAGCAUCUAUGGUAGUUUGUAUGAUAUGCUUAAUCAGAACUAUACAAUUGUUGGGAGAAAAAAGAACUGCAGAAUUGCUCACGGUGCUUACGGCAACCCACUGUGUCAUGUUGAUGACAAGUUCAGAUGCAUUGUCCUUGUUGAAGAAAGUAAACUAUAUCGGUCAGAUCCUCCUUUCUUGAAUAGAUUUGAAAAGCAGAAUGUUUGUUUGGCAAAUAUACUAACAGUUGAAGAUUUAAAAUUGGUUAAUGAGAUGGACACUUGGUUAAGCAAAAUCACAUCAGUGAUGGGAGUUUCAUUUUCUAAAAGUGACUUUGUUCCAAUUUUUACUUCAGAUAUGUUGGCCAGCCUAGUACAUCACAUACUGACUAUUGAGAAUGACAUUGUGCUAACUGAUCAAGGUGAUAAUGAUCUUUCAAAAAUGUUAACAAAAUGUAAAGACGUUUUGCUACAUAUCUGCACACCUGAUGGAAUAAUUAGAAUGGAAAAAUCAAUUUUUGCGCAAAAGAAUAAUUGGGAAAGACGAGAGUUGAAAGAAAAAUAUUUCAACUUGCCAUUGCAUGCUGGGUUAGCAUUUUAUAUUCAGCAUGUACUUCAGAACCAAUCAGACGAGUGUCUCAAAUUGAUGGUGUUUACUCAUAGUAACAUACACACAGACAUGGAGGCCUGCUUGAAAUCAGUUUCACCACAAUGUCAGAUUGAAAGUCUUAGCUCGUUUAAAUCAGAGAAACAACUUUCAAAGCGAAUUGGUCACUUUUGGAAAGAUUCUGAUCAUGAAUGGCUAAUUAUCCAGUGUUCAGCACAUAAAGACAUAAAGAAUUUUCUUCUGAUGAAGUCAAUUGUUGAGAAACACAGGACUGAAUUUGUGCACACAAAAGCACACAUGAAACAUGUUGUGAUCAUCAUACAUUUAGAAAGGGAAGUUAGAAACAUUACUUUUGGAUGUGUUAAUUUCCUCAGUAGCUGGCAGCUUGCAUUUGUGGAUAAAGUAGAUAUUUGUCCAUGGCCAGUAAAGAGCCUGUUGGACAAAACCAUGGAAGAAGUGAUCAAAGAGCAGAGGCCAUUGACAUCAUUUAUUACCCGUUACCUUUUCUGGGCAUUCACCUGCAUUGGCUACUCUAAUGGAUACCGUACAGUGGCUCAUCUGAGGGAUAUUAUUGAUAGACUACUUUCUAAUGAAGAACUUUUAGGUCUUCUUGAAGAACUGACAGUGCAGUUUGUUAAUGAAAAAGCAUCCAUUGAGAUGAGUAAAGGUAAUUGGCAGUUGGAUGUUGUAUGUAACACUUACAAGCUCUUCAAAGCCUCUACUCUACAUGGUGCCCUUGAGCAGGAAAUUGAUGAUUACUUGAAACCCUCACUGGCAGCUCUUGUGUAUCAACUUGAACUGAAAAAUGCAUGGGAUGUAUUUGUUGCUGCAGCUGACAAGAAGGAAGUCUUGAGAAGGAAUAAUCCAGUCAGUUGCAAAGGAACUGUUCCAGUGUGA